AUGGACAGGACGAGAACGACGGACGUCGGUCAAGAUGCGGCAGUCUGGGGAGCUUCGUCCCGCAGACCGCAGACCGCAGCCGCAGCGGUAGCGGUAGCGGUUACGAUGAACGUCCGGCAUAUUCGCCCGAAAGACCGCGUGCGGAAGGCGCGGCUCGGGGCACUUUCGGCCGGACGCAGCGCCAGAGACGGCAUGUACCGAUGGAGUCCGCGGGGCGAUCCGGCGCUGGGAAGAAGAAAGGUGCAGGAGGGCAGGAGAUGGCACUGCGGGCAGCGGCGCGUCGCGAUUGGUGCGUCCGGUGCGGCCCCGGACGAAAAGCGAGGCCGAGCCGGUGGCCGGACAGCGGGCGGGGGAAGAAAUAAAGGCGAACCUCGUACUUCAUGGAAACAGGAGCGCGCGGACGACGACGUAACUCCGGCGGCCCGAACAGUGGUUGGCGAGCGCGAGAGGGGAGGAGCAGGAGGAGGAGGGCAGGGGCGCAGACGGAAGCGCUCUAUCGAUCGAGAAAGAGAGAGAGGGAGAAUUGAGAAGCAAUCGAUGGACUGGAGCAUGGGGGAGUAG